AUGACCGACAUCACCAUCACCGGCUUCCGGUCGCGCGACGUGCGCUUUCCGACGUCGCUCGACAAGACGGGCUCCGACGCCAUGAACGCCGCCGGCGACUACUCUGCCGCCUACUGCAUCCUGGACACCGACUCGCCGCACGCCGGCCACGGCAUGACCUUUACCAUUGGACGCGGCAACGACAUUGUGUGCGCCGCCAUCGACCAGGUCGCCGACCGCCUCCGCGGCAAGACGCUCGCCGCGCUCGUCGCCGACUGGGGCGCGACCUGGCGGUACCUCGUGUCGGACAGCCAGCUGCGGUGGAUCGGCCCGGAAAAGGGCGUCAUCCACCUCGCGCUCGGCGCCGUCGUCAACGCCGUGUGGGAUCUGUGGGCCAAGGUGCUCGGCAAGCCGGUGUGGCGGGUCGUUGCCGACAUGACGCCCGAGGAGUACGUGCGCUGCAUCGACUUCCGGUACAUCACCGACGCCGUGACGCCGGCCGAGGCCGUGGCGCUGCUGCGCGCGGCCGCGCCCGGCAAGGCGGCGCGCGUCGCCGAGCUCAAGGUCGGCGGCGGCGUCGCCGAGGACCGCCGGCGGCUGGCGAUUGCGCGCGACGUCAUUGGCUACGACGAGGGCAACGUGCUCAUGGUCGACGCCAACCAGAUCUGGUCGGUGCCCGAGGCGAUUGACUACAUGCAGCAGCUGCGCGAGUUCCGGCCCUGGUUCAUCGAGGAGCCCACGUCGCCCGACGACAUCUUUGGCCACCGCGCGAUCCGCGAGGCGCUCCGCCCGCACGGCAUCGGCGUCGCCACGGGCGAAAUGUGCCAGAACCGCGUCAUGUUCAAGCAGCUGCUGAUGAACGGCGCCAUUGACGUCUGCCAGGUCGACGCGUGCCGGCUCGGCGGCGUCAACGAGGUGCUCGCUGUGCUCCUGAUGGCCAAGAAGUUUGGCGUGCCCGUCGUGCCGCACUCGGGCGGCGUCGGUUUGCCUGAGUACACGCAGCACCUGAGCACCAUUGACUACGUCGUCGUGAGCGGCGAGAAGUCGGUGCUCGAGUACGUGGACCACUUGCACGAGCACUUUCUGCAUCCCUCGGUGGUUCAAAACGGAUACUACCGCACGCCGACGGAGCCGGGAUAUAGCGUCGAGAUGAAGCCGGAAAGCAUGGACAGGUUUGCGUUUCCUGGUGAGCCGGGCGUGAGCUGGUGGACGAGUGAGGAAGCCAAACCAAUUUUGACGGGUGACAAGAUUUAG